AUGGCUUGCAUUCCGCAAGUUGCAAUUCAAAGGCCUGAUAUAGAACAUGUAGGAGAUGAUUUAACGGAAUGGCUGGCCUUGGAAAUGUCCCUUCAAAAUGCCGAAAGUAACAGUGGAACUUCUGGUUCUGCUUUGAGUACCACUUGUUUUCCACUUGAAUCAAAAUCAGAGGUGAUUUCUUCGACCAGAAGAUACAGGAAUAUUCUAAUUCCAAAUUCCAAUGGUCAUGUGUUUAAUCCCUCGGAAGUUCAUAGCAUCACCAAUAGAUUUGAAACCGAAAUUGAAGGGGGGUUUGGAAAGGUGUACCUGGGCGAACUAGAUGGCAGGAAUUUGGUUUCUCUUGUUGGCUGUUGUGAUGAUGAUGACAUGAAAGCUCUAGUUUAUGACUACAUGGCUGAAGGAAAUCUACAACAAAAAUUAUCAGGCAUGCAAGUUAAGAUUGGUGACUUUGGAUUGUCAAGAGCUUUUCAUGAUGAUACUAGCACUGCAUAUUCAACUUGUCCUGGUGUUGGCGCUUUUGGUUAUCGUGAUCUUGAAAUCCAGGACUGUAGAAAUCUGAAUAAGAGAAGCAAUGUUUAUAGUUUUGGAGUAAUUUUACUUCAACUUAUAAGCGGUCGGCCGGCAGUAAUGAAAGCACCUGAUGGCAAACCAAAGCACAUAUCGGAAUGGGUGGAUCCAAAGAUGAAGAGUGAGGACAUCCGAUCCAUUAUGGAUCCGAGAUUAGAGGGACAAUUCAAUGCUGCUUCUGUAGAGAAAUUUUCAGACAUAGCCAUAUCUUGUACUCAACGAGCUGCAAUUCAAAGGCCUGACAUAAAAGACGUAGAAGCUGUUUUAAGGGAAUAUCUGAAGUUGGAAAUUUCUGGCUCUGCAAUUGAAUCAAAGUCAGCUCCAUUUUGA